AUGUCGUUUGCCGAGUUCAUCUCCGUGACUUUCCCCAACGCCUCUACGGAGCUCAAGCCUAUCCCAGGGGCCAAGGCGGACCCGGACUUUAUCGAGCGUUAUUCUCGCGGGCUCGACGACUAUGACUUCAACUACACCCUCAUCCCCUAUGGAUCUGGCGGAUACGACCCCUUCACAAUAGGGGCUACUAUCCUGGCCAAAACCAAGAAGCUCAACAUCAUUAUUGCUCUGAGGCCGAACACCAUGUUCCCUACCGUUGCCGCCAAGAUGCUUGCCACACUCAACCACCUCGGCAGGGGUCGGGUGGUCGUGCACUUUAUCGCCGGAGGCAGUGAUGCUGAGCAGGCAAGGGAGGGCGAUUUUCUCGACAAGGACUCAAGAUACGCCAGGCUCGAGGAGUACAUCAAGAUCCUCCGCCGUGCGUGGGAGUCCUCCGAGCCCUUCGACUGGGACGGGCAGUUCUACAAGUUCAAGGACUUCUCAAACGCGGUUCAGCCAGUGGGCGGCCCUCGGGCAAUCAAAGUCUCGGUCGGCGGCUCCUCGCCCCAGGCGUACCAGGUCGGCGGCUCCCUGGCAGACAUCUUCGGCCUUUGGGGUGAGCCCCUAAAGGAGACCAAGGAGCAGAUCGACAAGAUCUACACCGAGGCCGACAAGGCCGGCCGGGCCAAGGACGACCGGCCCAGGAUCUGGGUGACCUUCCGCCCAAUCAUUGCCGAGUCGGAGGACCUCGCGUGGGCAAAGGCCUACAGGACGCUCGACGCGCUCAAGGGCAACGGCGGCGCCGCGUGGGCCGGGCAGGGCAAGGCGCCUCCGGCUACUGGCACGCCACAGAACGUGGGCUCUCAGCGUCUGCUGGAGAUUGCCAAGCGUGGUGAGGUCCAGGACAGGUGUCUGUGGUACCCUACCGUUACUGCGACAAAUGCGCGGGGCGCGUCUACGGCUCUCGUGGGGUCGUAUGACACCGUCGCGGAGUCCAUCCUCGACUACGUCGAUCUCGGCGCAGACCUGAUCUCCAUCCGUGGUUAUGACAACCUCAAUGAUAGCAUUGACUAUGGACGGUAUAUCCUGCCGAGGGUUCGGGAAGGUCUGGCCAAGAGGGCAGCAAGCAACGGUCAAUAG